GCCAUCAUCCGUCAGACAAAUGGCGGACGUUGUAAACAGAGCUAGCAGCGUCACCGGGGCCACAGCGAAAGUCCUGUUUUUAACAUGGACAGCGUAGAGUUUGAGCGUCUGGACAGCUUGGAAGGAUGGGUGGCCGUUAAAAGUAACAUUUUUGAAGAACACGAGCCCUUUAAGUUGGGUUUCAUCGUUCAGUGGAACGUUAUCGAGUCGAAGUUCGCAGUAACCUGCCACAACCGGACGUUACAGCGACAGAAACGUAAGGCUGAGCUGCCCUCGGCUGGCGAAGACCCCCAGAUGAGCUGGGCAGGACUGUUCUCCGUAAACGACCUAAAACACGUCCACCAACAGUUCACAUGCGUGGCGGACGUCCUGGGGGGCUGCUUCCCGGAUUUGUCCGACUUUGAAGAAAGUAACAUUUGGGAUUUGCUGCUGUUGAAUCGGAAAUCCGGUGCAGAGGAUGACGAACGCAGAGACUUUGACGCGCCGUGCAGGAAACUGGAGAAAUACUUCAGCACAGCCAUUGACCUCUGCGGGAGAAAAAUCGUCCUGGAAACUUUAUUUACCCAGGAUGAGCGGGACGUUGAUGAGUACUUUGAAAACAUGCAGGAGUUUAAAAAGAAGAGCAUGCAGGAGGAGAUGUCAAGAGCCAAAACUCACCUGAAGGAGAUGCUGCAGAGUCACAGUUCUACUAAUGGGAUGGUAGCGCUGCUGAGUAUCUAUGAGAAGGAAGAUGAGGCCUAUCAGGACGUGGUGACUGUUGCCACCAGCUUCUUCCAGUACCUGUUGCAGCCUUUCAGAGACAUGAGAGAACUAGCCUGCCUUUACAAGAUGGAGAUUCUGAAGUCUUUGGAGUUUGAGGAAUUGGGUCCCAAGAGAAUUACUGCACUGGAGAAGGAGGCGGAGGAGUGGAGAAUGAAAGCAGAGGAUGCAGUUGCCUCCAUUCAGAGCAUCACUGUCACCUACUUUGCACAGACUUCAAAGGCUCUGGCUGUUAUGGUCAAACAGAUGGAGGAGGAUAAGAAGCGUUUUGGACCUGCUGCCUGGGCGUCUGCAGCUCCCAGACUAGAGAAACUACGUUUCCUUUUAGCUAAAGAAACCUUGCAGCACAUGCGAGCAGCAGAGAUGUGCCUUAGCCGCAAGAAGGAUACUAUCAAACAGAGGCUGGAGAAUUUAUCAGGAAGAGUCCAGAACCGGAGAGCUGACCAGAGAUCUGCAGAUCUCGAGGACAAUCAUAAACACGACACCGUGGACCAGCUGGAGCUGCAGUUCUAUGAAACCCAACUAGAACUGUAUGAUGCCAAGUUUGAGAUCCUGAAAAAUGAGGAGCAGCUGCUAGUGGCUCAGAUAGACACUCUGCGUCGGCAGAUUAAAGAGCUGAAGGAGGAGGUGGUUUACUACGAUGUCUGUGAAGAUCCAGAGGAGCUGCAUAGCAUGGUCCACACAGCAUUUCAACAGGCUGAAACUCCACUAAUCCGUCAGCUUAGAAGACGCCUGCAGAGCCUGGAGACCAAGAGGGGAAACAUCUGUGCUCGGAGGGCUUAUCUACGCAACAAAAAGGAUCAGUGCAUGGAGGCCCAGGAGCAGAAGCAGCUGGCAGCCAAGCAGAGCUCCAUCCUUUUCAGCCAGCAUCAUCAGGUUCACCUGAAACGGGAGAAGAAGAAAGAGGAGGAGCAGAGGAGGAAGCAGUGGGUGGACGAAGAGCGGGAGAAGACCCUGAGCAGAUUACGAGCCUUUAGAGAGAAGCGUCAGGGUCAGUACAUCCUGAAGACUCCUCAUUCCAGGAGGUCUCCUUCUGAAGUGUCCUGUCCCUCCCAGCCAUUGUCUAUCAUCAGCCUCUCACCUUCUGCCUCUCCUGAAGAACCUUCCUCCAUCCGUCCGGCACCAAGGAGCAACAAAACCUCCAAAAAACAGCAGUCUAAAGAUAUCCCUGUUCAGAUAUUCUCUACACCACGUCCGCCAACAUUAACCUGUCCCACUGCACCUCCUCCUCCACCACCACCUCCACCGCCACCUCUUCCACCACCGCCGCCUCCUCCUGCUAUAGCACCUCUUCCUGUCCAAGCUGCACCUUCCCCUAAGGAUAUGCCGAUGGCUCUCAGUGAAAAAGAGGAGCCUCCAUUUCCAGCCAAGAACACGCUCAAACAGAAUAUAGGAACUAUGGAUGAAGUGUUGGCUUCCCUCCAACGCGGGCAGAUUAAACUCAGAAAGGUCCCGGAUGCCAGGGCCAAUUCUGGGCAGGACGCGAGGAGCAAUCUGUUGUCCGCCAUCCGACAGGGAGUCACAUUGAAGAAGGUGGUCGCCACACGGGAGGAAGUCCAGAGCGGCACAGACAAUGACCUGGAGCGCAGCAUUAAAGCCGCCAUGAUGAGGAUGAAGAAGGUGGCAGCAGACUCAGACGAUGAGGACGAAGGUGACAACGACUCGCAGAACACAGAGUGGGACAGCUGAGACCAGAGCCUGUUGACCCCACCCCCCCGCUCUGUGUCCUUAACG